AUGCCGGACACGAGCGUGCAGGCUUUCGGGGGGACGUCCGCUGUUCAGGUGUUUGACGUCCUCUUCGGGGAGCGUCGGACAGGCCCACAGACGCCUAGCGGCGUUACGGUGCUGGCUGACCGUGCCGUCGACACCUCGCCUCCAGUCACUGUGUCACGAAGCAGAGAAGAGGAGGCGGCCUGGCACGGGACAGGGGUGGUCGCAGCGGGUGGCCGUGGCCCCGGGCCCGCUGGCCAGCUCCCCUGGUUCCUGUGCUUCAGGACCCUGGCUGUCCAGGCUGCCCACACCUGUCCAGAGGUGAAGGUGUUGGGUCCGGGCUCUGACAAGAGCUCCGUCCUCCGAGGCCGCCCAGGGCUGCCUGGAGCCGCGGGGCCCGAGGGAGAGGCGGGUGCCGAUGGACGAAGGGCGUGUGCUCGGGACCGGGGCGGGGGGUUUGGGAUCCCAGCCUGGUAUGGACGGCAGGUGUGCACCCAGCUGGAGGGCCGAGUGUCCCAGGCCUGGGCGUCUGAGUGGACGAUCCAAGGGCGACUGGCGGGGGCAGCCCUCAGGAGGCGGGAGGUGGCGGCAGACCCUGUGCGGAAGGACACCAGGGGCUCUGUGUUCACGGAGCAGCUGGGGCCAAAGGGGAUGGGCUCCAUUUCCAGGCUCGUGGUGGGACCUCGGACCUGUAAAGAGCUGCACAGGGCACACUUCCUGAGUGGCUGGCACACCAUCUACCUGCCCGGCUGCCGUCCCCUGACCGUGCUGUGUGACAUGGACACGGACGGCGGGGGGUGGACGGUUUUCCAGUGGAGGAGCGACGGCUCUGUGGGCUCCUCCCGGGACUGGGCCACCUGCAAGCGGGGCUUCGGCAGCCAGCUGGGAGAGCUGUGGCUGCGGAAUGGCCACCUCCAGGCCCUGGCCGCGACUGGUACCAGUGAGCUCCGGGUAGACCUCAUGGACUUUGAGGGCAACCGCCAACUUGCCAAGUAGCAGGCGUUCAAGAUGGCGGGCGAGGCGGAGACGCGCAAGCUGGUCCUGGGCACCCUGGCUCCCUCCCGAGCAGGUGAUUCCCAGGAGGCCCACAAAGACCAGUUCUCCUCCACCAAAGACCAAGACAACGACCAGAGUUCUUCCAACUGUCGGGCGGAACCCGGGGCCUGGCGGUAAAGCUCGUGUCACUCGUCCAACCUGAGCGGCCGCUGCCUCCAGGGGCCGCACCAGAGCCACGCGGACGGCAUCAGCCAGAGCUCGGGCAGAGGGCAGCACAGCCACCAGGCGUCCGAGCCGAAGGCCAGGCUUCCGAGCUGA